GAGCCUGUCUCUCCUCGAAUGAAAGGAAACAACCUCCGGCGACAGAGCCCCGCUCUCAGGCAGUGCUGGAGAACAGAGACCGACUUCUUUCUCUUUCCCCUCAUUGGCGCUUCUCUCUUGCCAUCCGCCUCGGGGCCCUAGUGCAUUUCUUGAGGCUUAAAGUGGCAUUCUAACAGCAAUUUAAAAAUCAUGUCAAGCUCAAUUGAACAGAAAAAGGGGCCUACGAGACAGCGCAAAUGUGGCUUUUGUAAGUCAAAUAGAGACAAGGAAUGUGGACAGUUACUAAUAUCUGAAAACCAGAAGGUGGCAGCACACCACAAGUGCAUGCUCUUUUCAUCUGCUUUGGUAUCAUCACAUUCUGAUAAUGAAAGUCUUGGUGGAUUUUCUAUUGAAGAUGUCCAAAAGGAAAUUAAAAGAGGCACAAAGCUGAUGUGUUCUUUGUGCCACUGUCCUGGAGCGACAAUUGGUUGUGAUGUGAAAACUUGUCAUAGGACGUACCACUACCACUGCGCAUUGCAUGACAAAGCUCAGAUCCGAGAGAAACCUUCACAAGGAAUUUACAUGGUUUAUUGUCGAAAACACAAGAAAACUGCACAUAACUCUGAAGCUGAUUUAGAUGAAAGUUUUAAUGAACAUGAACUGGAGCCUUCAUCCCCAAAAAGUAAAAAGAAAAGCCGUAAAGGAAGACCAAGAAAAACUAAUUUUAAAGGCGUGUCAGAAGAUACCAGGUCCACAUCUUCCCAUGGAACAGACGAAAUGGAAAGUAGCUCCUAUAGAGACAGGUCUCCCCACAGAAGCAGUCCUAGUGACACUAGGCCUAAAUGUGGCUUUUGUCAUGUAGGGGAGGAAGAAAAUGAAGCCAGAGGAAAAUUGCAUAUAUUUAAUGCCAAGAAGGCAGCUGCACAUUAUAAGUGCAUGAAAUGUACACUUUGCAGUCAGCCUGGUGCUACUAUUGGAUGUGAAAUAAAAGCCUGUGUUAAAACCUACCAUUACCACUGUGGAGUACAAGACAAAGCUAAAUACAUUGAAAAUAUGUCACGAGGCAUUUACAAACUAUAUUGUAAAAAUCAUAGUGGAAAUGAUGAGAGAGAUGAAGAAGAUGAGGAACGAGAGAGUAAAAGCCGGGGAAAAGUAGAAAUUGAGCAGCAACAACUAAUGCAGCAGCAACUUAAUGGAAACUAGGUAUGAAAGUUCAUUAUACCACAUCUGUUAUCAGGAUACAAAACACACUGAUAAAUACAUAGCGAAGUAAUGAAAUGCAGUACAUUUUUUAAAAAUCUAUUCUGUUUAGCUAAGAGCAUGUUACUGGAAUGCUGAGGAUUGUUUAGACUUGCCUAGUUCUUUGUUGUUUUUUUCUUUCUUUCUUUACUAGCCAAUUUUGUAACCAUAAAAAAAUAAAGCUAUCCACUUUAUCAGUAAAUGUAGUUCUAAUGUCAAAUCAGUAAGAUAUUCUCCUCAAUAACAUUAUGUUGAUUGUGUUCCCAUCAAACAUCCUAUUUUACAUGUUUUUAUCAUCUUUUAAACAGGUUCAUGGGACAGAGUUAGAAAACUGGGAAUGAAUAAGACAUCCAUAACUACUAUUCUUUUUUUCCACUGUUUUCUAAAAUCCAAAAGGGUUUGUAACUUUUUACUGCCCAACUCUUAGAUCCUUCAUUGAACUGCCUGAAAGCAUCUUGUUUGUUCUAUAUAAGCCUUCACUAGAUGGCUGAGUUUGACAUGUUGAUGUUACGUAGCUGUAGCUUGCAGUUUCUGGGAAGCAGUUGAAAACACUAUUAACCCUGUGUAGAGUGUCAUCAGUUAAAGCAGACAUUGAAAUGAACUAAGCUCUAUUUCUGGACUGAACGAAGUUCUACUGUUUAGAGUGUUUAAGUUGGUUUAGUGGAUUCAUGCUCAAGGGAAAACGUAAGCAAAUUUUACUUUACAAUGCAGCCAUGCCACUGGUGGCAACCCAUGAUUCUUUGUGGAGAUUUUUUUUCACACUCCAGUAAUGGAGGCUAGAAAUGAAGAGAACCUUCUUCUCUCUUGGCUUUGACAGCACAUGCUCUCAAGUCACUUCCAAGAAGUGUGCUCCAGCUUUUCUUUGGCUCCUGUUAAAGUUGGGCUCACUGACCACCGUGGAUGCAAGCAACUGGUGAUUAAAAGCUCUGAUGCUCUCCAGUGCUUAUGCCAAAAUUCUCUUUGACAGUACCACCUCUUCUCUUUCCAACUCACACCAAGAGCUUCUGGCAAAAUGAUCGAAUCCUUUUCCAGGUUCAAAGUAACAUUUGGCAUACCAACCGCAAACUAAAACCUCUUUGAGAUUUAAGGGGUUACCACUUGCUAAGGACUUUUAAAGACCCCACGUCUGAAACGGGUUCCUCCCAAGUGCCCUGUCCGUGGAACACUUCACGUCUUGACCCAGAGUAUGUAAGGAGGGCUCGGGGGCUGUAGGAGUGAAAAACAGUCUUGCAUAAAACAGGAAUUAUUUUGAAUGUUGUGACCACUAUUUUAGAAACUUGAUUUCAUGUUUUCCAUGUUUUUCAGUCAUUGCUUUGGUUGUAUGUUUUCUAGGCUUCUGGGGCCCCACUCUUCUUCUUAGUGGGGUUUGGUAUUUUGUCAUUAACUAAUGAUCAGGAUUGUUUAUAAAAGCCUAAGAACCCAGCUUUUUUCAAAAGGAUUUUGGACACUGGCAUUUUUUAGCUAGUGAUAUUUUCUUCCACUUAUCUGCUGAAGCACAUUUAUAUGUUUCUUUAUGGAAAAACCAAAAAACGAAAACAAAAACAACUUUAUUUGUGGUCUGCCUGAUAGUACCAUAGCACCUCAAGGCAAAGGGUAGGGAUUCUGAUUACGGAGUUAUUAGUUCACCUACCACAAUAGAGCAAAUUUGCAAGUAAGAAAUAACAUAUUGAAGUGACUGUACAAUGAGCGGACAGAACAGCAUUUUUUAAACUGUAUACAGGUGGGAAAUUACACUGUGCUGAAUGAAUUUUGUAACUGCUCGUCCCUUAGCAUCCAAUUUGUCAAGUGUGUGUUCACACAUUUACUUCAAUCAAGGGACUCAAUGCUUGCUCUCUUUUAACUCUUAUUGUUAUUUUUAGAAGGAAACUAGCUUUAGUAGUGGACUGCUAUGUAUGUUUCUCCCUUUGCUUUUAAAAUGCCACCAUUUGUGUGUGAUUCAUUUUCAAAAUUUGUCAUGACUUGAAGUACAAGGACAGAUCUAAAUGUUUGUUUACCAAGCUAUGUGACUUUUCCCAAAGGAUCUGUACUUUAUUUCCUUAUAACAGCUUGAAAACUAUUAUUUUUAAAGAUCUUGAAAUCACUGUGUCUAGAUCAUUUUUUACAUUGUGUGCCAUACAACUUACCCAUGGAGAAAUAGGUAUCCUUCAUUUUUAGACAACUACUGUAAUGAUUUUUUUUAGGAAAAAAAAAGGAAGGUGCCAGGGGUAAUUGUGGCCAGUCAAUAAUUAUGUAAAGGACUUCAACUAUUGUAGCUGUCAGUUGAUGGGUUUGUUGCGUAGUAAGAUAUAGAACUUGGUAUGGGUUUCUUCAGCCCUUUCUCUGCUACUACCAACCAGAAUAGCACUUUACCUUUUGGUUGGCUAGAUAGGUGGCUGACUACCUGUUUUUUCUCACUGUGGUGUGAUAGGCGAAAUCCUCCAUUCAAAAUUGAAAUGUAAAUUGAAGUCACAUGAAGUAUCACCUUGGGCUGUAAGCCUCCAAUAUUUUGAUUCUCUACCUAUGUUUUCAUCACAUGCUGAGUAAAAGUGCCUUACAAUGUAAAAAUUGUACAGUACUUGUGUUCCCAAGUAGCAUCAUCAUCUUCUGGGUAGUAAUUACAUUGUGGUAUUAAUAUUUAGAUAAAUGGACCUCAGCAGUGUAUUUACUGUACAUCUCUUAAGUCCUUAACUGUAGUUUUAAUAAGCAUGACAUUAUUUGAUAAGUAUAUGACAUUUACAUUGUUUUCCAAAAAUACUGCCAUUACUGUCUUUUAUGCAUAUUUUAGCCUGAAAUUUCGAAGUGUCUUUUCUUCUUUAUUUCCUUUUCUUUCUUUCUCCCCUUUUUUUGCUUUCACUUUUGUUGUUGUUGUUGUUGUUGUUACGAGUAUUAAACAGUGUAACCUUUGCAAGCGUAUAUUGAAGAUGAUUCUGGAGCAUUUAUUGCCUUACCAGAAAAUGUUAGUAAUAAAUGUUCUUUAGAGCAGAAGGAUAGACUUAAGUUUCUAUACUUUAAUAAGAGCUCUUUGUUCCUGGGGGGAAGCGGGAGGGGGGUGAAUUUUACUUUCAUCUCAAUUUAUUAAAACCCACAACUUAAAUUCUCUUGCAAGGAUCAGCAGUUUUAGAAAUUUCAAAUUGUACUUGCUCAGAGGUACAUGCUACUCGAGAUAUGAACAGAAUAACAGUGCUGUAGAUCUACUAUUGAAUCCGAAUCUAUGUACUUGAACAAAUGUGUGAAUCUCAAAUAUCUCAAAGCAAAAGUGAAAGUGUUCUGGCAUGUUGUUGCUUUUUUAAAAAGCACUAAGGUUAGACCAAGGUAUAGUUUUGUUUGAACAGACAUUUAAUUGUAAAGAUGUGGAAUGCGUCAUGGGUCAAAAAUCAAACAUUCCUCUCAUGUUAUGUAUAUUUUGUUCCUGUUAUAUUGGCUUUAUUUUCAAAUUGUAGUUUGUAGUAUUAGUUCCUUUUAUUGGUAUUCUUGCAUAUACUAUUCAUUCAAUAAAUCAGUUAUGAAUUUCA